AACAAUCGAUUAAGAGUCGGUAUCGAUAUAAGUUUCAACUGUAGCAACACGUGUGUUGCUCGGCCAUUUUCUUCAGUCAGGCACCGCGUGCAAACGUCUUUUUGGUACUCCAUAUAUUACGGUUAAAAUAAAAUAGUUAAAAUGACUGACGUUGAUGCCCGGAAGAAAAAGAAGAAAAUUAAGGAAGAGCCACUCGAUGAAGAUCUUGGAACUCUGCAGAAGCAGAAUCAAUUCCAAAUAAAGCCAUCGUCGAAAAUUGCCGAGUUGGACACUUCUCAAUGGCCACUGCUACUCAAGAACUUCGACAAACUCAACAUACGGUCAAAUCAUUAUACACCACUGGCACAUGGUUCAUCACCGCUCAAUCGCGAUAUUAAGGAAUACAUUAAAACUGGCUUCAUCAAUCUCGACAAGCCGUCAAAUCCCAGCUCCCAUGAGGUUGUGGCAUGGAUCAAAAAGAUACUGAAAGUGGAAAAAACCGGACAUUCGGGCACACUGGAUCCCAAGGUCACAGGGUGCCUUCUUGUGUGCAUUGACCGCGCCACACGCCUCGUGAAAUCGCAGCAAAGUGCUGGCAAGGAGUAUGUGGCCAUUUUUAAAUUGCAUGGAGCCGUCGAAUCUGUUGCCAAGGUCCGUCAAGGUUUGGAGAAGCUGCGGGGCGCACUUUUCCAGCGUCCACCGUUAAUCUCAGCUGUCAAACGUCAAUUGCGUGUGCGCACUGUUUACGACAGCAAACUGUUGGACUACGAUGAAACUCGUAAUAUGGGUGUUUUUUGGGUUAGCUGCGAGGCUGGUUCCUACAUCCGAACAAUGUGCGUCCAUUUGGGUCUAGUCCUGGGCGUUGGUGGCCAAAUGUUGGAGCUGCGACGCGUUCGCUCAGGUAUUCAAUCCGAGCGCGAUGGCAUGGUCACAAUGCACGAUGUUCUCGACGCCAUGUGGCUGUAUGAAAAUCACAAAGAUGAGUCCAUGCUGCGACGUGUCAUCAAGCCCUUGGAGGGUCUUCUGGUCAACCACAAGCGCAUCAUCAUGAAGGACAGCUCGGUGAAUGCCGUUUGCUAUGGUGCCAAAAUCAUGUUACCCGGUGUCUUGCGGUAUGAAGAUGGCAUUGAACUCGAACAGGAAAUUGUCAUCUGCACGACAAAGGGUGAGGCCAUUUGCUUAGCCAUCGCUCUGAUGACAACAGCGACCAUGUCGUCUUGCGACCACGGCGUUGUGGCUAAGAUUAAACGUGUCAUCAUGGAGCGCGAUACAUAUCCACGCAAGUGGGGAUUGGGUCCGAAGGCAUCGGCCAAGAAGGCGCUUAUUGCUGCCGGCAAACUAGACAAGUUUGGCAGGCCCAAUGAGAACACACCCAAGGAAUGGUUAACCGGGUUCGUGGACUACAAUGCCAAAAAGCAAGUUGCGGCAGUGACGCCACAAACUCCUGAACCACCUACCAACGGAUCCAGUGAAGUCAGCAAGCGCAAACUGAGUACCUCAAGUGUCGAGGAAUCCGCAGUCGAUGCCACGCCUGCGAAAUCAGAUAAGAAAAAGAAGAAGAAGAAGCAUAAGGGCGAGGAGGAGGCUCCAGCUGAGGCCGAAGAUGCGGAUGCUGCUGAUACCACCGUAGAGAAAAAGAAGAAGAAGAAGAAGGACAAAGAUAGGGAUAGAGAAGAGGCUUAGGAGUAGAG